AUGGAGGUAUCCUCGCCCGAGGGGCCUGGCGCCCCGCAGGCCCGCACGCCGGGAGCGGCGGCCGCGUUCGCCAGCCGCCUGCGCAGCCUGAAAGGCAAACUCUUCACCUGGACUAUUUUGAAAACAAUUGCUCUGGGUCAGAUGUUGUCCUUGUGCAUAUGUGGAACAGCCAUCACCAGCCAGUAUUUGGCCGAAAAAUACAAAGUGAACACCCCGAUGCUUCAGAGCUUUAUCAACUAUUGCUUGCUGUUUCUCGUUUAUACAGUGAUGCUGGCAUUUCGAUCAGGAAGUGAUAACAUUUUAUGCAUCUUGAAAAAGAAGUGGUGGAAAUACAUCCUGUUGGGCCUCGCAGAUGUGGAAGCUAACUACUUGAUCGUCAGAGCGUACCAGUACACGACUCUAACCAGCGUCCAGCUCUUGGAUUGCUUUGGGAUUCCAGUGUUGAUGGCUCUGUCGUGGUUUAUUCUUUAUGCAAGAUACAGAGUGAUCCACUUCAUCGCCGUGGCCGUCUGUCUGUUGGGUGUAGGAACCAUGGUUGGUGCAGACAUACUAGCAGGGAGGGAAGACAAUUCAGGUAGUGAUGUGCUGAUUGGCGACAUCUUAGUUCUUCUCGGUGCUUCCCUUUACGCCGUUUCUAAUGUGUGUGAAGAAUAUAUUGUGAAGAAGCUGAGCAGAGCGGAGUUUUUAGGAAUGGUGGGCUUCUUUGGAACAAUUAUCAGCGGUGUACAGCUACUGAUUGUGGAAUAUAAAGAUAUUGCCAACAUUCAUUGGGACUGGAAAAUUGCCCUGCUCUUUGUGGCCUUUGCCCUCUGUAUGUUUUGCCUGUACAGCUUCAUGCCGUGGGUGAUUAAAGCCACCAGUGCCACUUCUGUCAACCUCGGCAUCUUGACAGCCGACCUCUACAGCCUUUUCGUGGGACUCUUUCUCUUUGGCUACAAGUUUUCAGUGCUCUACAUCCUGUCAUUCAUAAUCAUCAUGGUGGGCUUUACCAUGUACUGCUCCACCCCCACGCGCACGGCAGAGCCGGCCGAAAGCAGCGUGCCUCCAGCCACUGUCAUCGGGAUCGACAACCUGGGGCUGAAGAUUGAGGAGAACCUCCAGGAAACCCACUGUGCGGCCUUCUAG